ACUAAUUGGGAAAUAACCUGACUGCACAGAAAAGCAGAGUUAGACAUCUUUGCACACCCUACACAUAGACGAUCUUUGCUGUACUGUACAACACCAGUGUCACCUGAUCCCCUGGCAACCAGCAGGUGUCGGUGUCACCGUGAGAGGACAGUACAGCUUCAACUGUUUCCAUGGCAACUCGGACACAGAGGCUUGCUCAACCCAAACCCAACAGACUCAGAUAUCCAGACCGUCGCUCUGUUUACUGGCUGGAUGAUCUGCCCCCGGAGAAGAGUGGAUCCACCACCAAAGCUGAGUUAACCCCUCGCUGGUCGGAGCUAUGUAGAAGUAAAAAGUUCUACACUCAAGUCACACUUUCUCCCAUAUGGGAGGUGAGUGAAUGUGCUCUUAGGGCAGUUGCGUCUAAUCGGCUGUGCAGUCUUGCUCAACCUCGGGCCCCUGCAGCUGGCUGGCAGCCGGACCGCCCAAUAUUGGUGCCUUUGAACAGAGCGACGCAGACGGCAGUCGCCACUUCACGAAUUUGCCAGCUCGCCCAACCAAAGAGAAAGCAGAUUCUGGAGGGCGCUGGCAACAAAUCUAAACCCGUACCGUUGACCCACAUGCCCUGCAAAGCAUCUGCACACAUAGAGCUACUUGCUACCCCUAAGCACGACCACCCCAAGUUUGAAGGAGAGCGCUCAGUGUGCUGGCUCGUCUCCAGAUCAGCGAGAAACUACGUAGCCAACCAGAGACUUCUUGAGCUGUCCAGUCCCAAAGAGAGGAAAGCUCUGUUUGAGGGAUACGACCCGUACAUAGUUAGCAGGGCGGCCCGCUCUGCUAGCCCCUCGUCUCGGAUACAACAGCUCUGUCUGCCUCUGCCUCGCAAAUGCAACUCAAACUAGUAGAAGUCUGGUCCCUGGAGAUGUGUUGAUUGUUCUCCUUUUCCUCAUUGUGAUACAGUUGUUUUCAGGGAAAGUCAGGACAAAGGUCUUUUUUUUUUGCUCUGUUGUAUGAACAUACAGUAACAUCCAACCUGUGUAUGAUCUUCUAUUCCUACUGCUUCUGCUCCAAUCCACUAAUCUGUGUACUUUUCCAAACAACAGCCUGUCAGGAUACGCUGAUGUUGACGGUGGCAUAAUUCAAAAUCUGUUGAAUGCUUUACACACCUGCGUGUUUGUGUAAUGCAUUUUCAAUAGCUGCUGUUUUGUGCUCAUGUGUGCUUUUAGGACCAGACAACCUGCGCAACAAAAACAAAACCAACGAUCAGGGCGAUAUUGUUAACUGAAACUGAAAUUGCUUUGAGACAUCCUGCAGCACACAUCCUGCAACACACAUCCUUCACUUCUUAAUUGCCUUCCUAGUUAUUGUUAACAUGAGGCAGACAGCCAGUGAGUCAACUCUGCAGUGAUGUGUUGUAUUAUGAAUUAAAGGCACUUCAUUUCAAAAGGCUGAA